CUGUACACCCCACCCGGUGUCAGGGGGGGAUCAGCUGUGCCAGUCCCGACAGGCCACACACACACGCACAGAAGGCUGGCUGGCAAACAAAGCUCCUGGCGCUGCCAAUGAAGACAGGCCAUGCCUCCACGCUUAGCCUCCCCUCUUCUCACACUGCUGUGAGGGGAAUGCAUGACACUAUUGUUGUCACAUUUCCUUAUCAGAAAGACGACAGGUUCUUGUGGAAAAGGAGUUGGUCUUGGUUUAUUGUGGAAAUUUUUUCUCUCUUUAGCUGCUGAUGAGCUGAGAUGCUGGCGGAGCGCAGAGAGAACAGCAGGGCUGCCUUUGCCCUGACAAAGCCGCUCAAGAUGAACAUGGUGAAGAGGAUCAUGGGGCGGCCGAGGCAGGAGGAGUGCAGUCCCCAGGACAACACACUGGGUCUAAUGCACCUGCGACGCCUCUUCUCCGAACUGUGCCACCCUCCUCGCCACAUGACCCAGAAGGAGCAGGAGGAGAAGCUCUACAUGAUGCUCCCUGUAUUUAACAGGGUGUUUGGUAACGCGCCACCCAGCAGCAUGACGGAGAAGUUCUCCGACUUGCUGCAGUUCACCACGCAGGUCUCCCGACUCAUGGUGACAGAGAUCAGAAGAAGAGCCUCUAAUAAAUCCACAGGUGAGCCCUCUGACAGAGAUUUAUAUCUGUAA